UAUUAUUGAGGAUAUUGAGUUAGCAUGUUGAAGAUAAAACUUGACAUCUGCUGAAACGGGUGGGUCAACCCGUGAGAGAAAGUAGGGAGGAAGAUUCAUUGGUGUGUGUUUGUGCGUGUGAGAGAAAAAUAAAUAAAUAAAAAUAAAAAUAUUGUGAUGGGUGUUGUGGGCUGGGUACAUGAGGUGGGGCAGGGGGUGAAGAAGAAGAUGAGAAAAAUUCAAGUAGAUGGGGUUCACAAGAGUGUGGACCUUUUGUUAUACUCUCCUACCUAUGUAUAUUUGUUUAUGAUUUCCAGUUCAUCCCCCCUGAGUUUUGCUGCUCAAUCUCUACCUAUUAUACUACAAUAUCUAUGUAUAUGUAUGUGUAUCCAAAAUUGUUAUCUUUGAGAUCUAUGUAUGUAUUUUAUGUAGAUGCUAUCUGCUGCUGAUAUGCAAAUACCCAUAGUUUGAGAUAAGAUAUAUCUCUUUAAAUGAUAUUGCCUGAAGGCUAUUUGCAUGGCUAAUUACCAGUCUGUCCUCCUAUAUUUUGCACUAUUUACCACAUCUUGCCAUUUGACUUCCAAAUUCAGACACGUACACAUCACAAAGCACAUAUGCACGAGCUCUUUUCACUUUUGUGCAGAGUCUUCCAGCUGUUUCUACCGUCUCAUCCGGUGUUCCGGUUUCAAAUGUACGAACCGAAGGAACGUGGCAUCAGAUCAAGCCCUUCAUUUCGAAAACCUGUACUUCGACUUUGUCUUUAAUGGUCAGGUGAAUAUAAAUAUAUAACAUAAUAUGGCAGAGGAUGGGUUCCGAAUGCAAGGGGUGACUGACGCCUUGAUUCCAGACUUGAACAUGGUGGAAAGUAGUGUGCAAUUAGUUAAUGAUUCCUCAACACCACAAACCGACCGAAGAAAAGAUAAAAACCCAGUGACACAAAAGAGGGCUGUUUUUGCUCCAUUAUGUACUAAUACCCCUGACAUUAGAUUACAUUCAUCACACGACAAGGAUGGAAAUCAUAAGAGGAAGAACAUAGGGAACACUUCAACCCCGCCAUAUGUCAAUCCCCAGGGAAGAGAUGGAUACAAUGUCCUUGGUUCUCCGGCUGCAUUGACAGCAAACACGUUACCACGUUCGAACAAAAUCCACCAUGGUUCACCUCAUAAGAAGAAAUUGCGCCAGUCAGUUGGCUUUGAUGGGAAUAAUGAAUACAGUCCACAUACUCCCGAUAGUCUUGGCAGGGAUAUGCAUCAGAAGCCUGCAUUUGUUACACCUCUUACAAAUGUUGAGGCAAGGAAAUCCAAGUCCAACUCUCGAUUUCAGGGAUUUGCUGCAGCAGAGAAAGAAAAUGUAAGGGUUCCAAACCAGUCCAUGCAGAAAAGUAAUAAAUCCAAGAAGGCAUCUUUACGUGUACAUGAUCAAAACAGCAGCAUGAACAGUACAAGGAUAACUCCGUUGACACCAAGUAUGGCAGGAAGACCAUUUUCUCUUGAUUCUGGUGUUUCUGCGUCAAGAAAUUAUUCUAAUAGUGAGUCGACUGUUAUGCAUGAGAAAUUAAAUGGCAAUCAGUUUGGAAUACCCAAGCGUGUUCUGGAUUUCAAUGAAAGUUCACGUGAGAAUCCCGAUCCUGAUGUUUAUAACCAGACAGAAAUUCCUGAGAUUCAUGGCUUUGAGGAUAGUGACAGUGAUAUUUCAGCAGACGAUGAUAUUGAUUAUGUCAAUGAAGAUUGUGAUGAAAACAUUAACAGCGGACAUGUUGUCAAGGAGUAUGCAACACUGGGACCUCCAAAUGUCAAAUGUUCCUUCUGCCAAGCUUGGAUGUGGAAAGAAGAACGUAUCAACAAGUGCGUUACCAAGGGUACACCGAUUUUUUCUACAUGUUGCUCAAAGGGACAGAUCCAAUUACCCAGAGAGGAACCCACACCCUCUUAUAUAUGGCAGCUACAUAACGAUCCCCAGAAGUCUAAGCGUUUCACAGAUGGUGUGCGUCUUUAUAAUAGUAUUUUUGCAUUUACAUCCACUGGUGGUAAAGUUGACAAUUCAGUUAAUUGUGGCGGCGCUCCUUAUGUAUAUCGACUAAAUGGUCAGAACCACCAUCUAUUUGGUUCACUUAUUCCUGAUGAGGGUGAAGACCCAAAAUUCUGCCAAUUAUAUAUUUACGACACUCAGAAUGAAGUCCAAAAUCGAUUGAAAUGGGUAACCGUUGAUGGUGGUGAUGAGUUGGAUGUCGAGAUUGUGGAAGGAUUAAAGCAGAUGUUGGAUGAGACUAAUGACUUGGUGAAGGAGUUUAGAUCAGCACGUGAUCGUUAUGAGUUACAUGGUGUGAAAGAUCUUGAAAUUACACUAAAGGUUUCACGCUCUGAAAGUGGUAGAGAAAACCAUGUAGGUCCCUCGGACGAGGUGGCCGGUAUUAUGGUGGGUGAUCUUGAUGAUACAGAGGGUAAGCGUGACAUUGUUUUACAUUCUAAACAAAGGGGUUUGGAAAGGAUAACCGACAUACAUCCGAAGCUCAUGUCCUUACAAUAUCCCCUUUUAUUUCCUCACGGUGGCGAUGGUUUCCAUAAAGACAUUCCCUUUGGUAAGUCAGACAAGAAAAAGAACAAGAUCAGAGAAUGCAUUUCAAUGAAGGAGUAUUAUUCCUAUAAAUUCCAAGUUCGUACAAACGAAGGGAUGACUCCGCGUCUUGGAGGUCGUCUUUACCAGCAGUAUAUGGUGGAUGCAUUUAGUACUAUCGAACAAGCCCGUUUGUGGUGGUUUCGUAAAAAUCAAACAACUUUGCGCUCUGAUCUUUAUUCUAAUCUCUGCAAGUCUGUAAGAUCCGGUAAAGGUGAUUCCAACAAUGUAGGCAAAGGGUUUAUCUUACCGGCUGGCUUUCUUGGUUCACGGCGAUACAUGCAGCAGAAUUUUCAGGAUGCACUAGCUGUAUGUCGUUUUAUUGGCCAUCCUGAUAUCUUUCUCACUAUGACAACCAAUCCCAUAUGGGAUGAAAUUCAGCAGAUGAUGAAAUUAAUUCCACCUUGCACACCUCAGAACUCUCCCGAUGUUAUAGCUCGUGUAUUCAAACUAAAACUUGAGCAACUAAUUGAAGAUAUCAAGAAGAAUAAAUACUUUGGUGUGUGUCUUGGAGUGAUGUACGUAGUUGAGUUUCAAAAAAGAGGGCUUCCGCACGUCCACAUGUUAAUAUGGUUGGAUUCUGAAUCAAAGUUGAAGCUACAGAACAAUGUUGAUCAAUUUGUUAGUGCUGAGAUUCCUGAUCCAGCCUUAGAUCCUGUUGGCCAUGCAGCAGUUCAGGCUUUCAUGAUGCAUGGCCCCUGUGGACACGAUCACCCCAAAUCACCUUGCAUGAAACAGAAAAAGUGUAUCCGACACUUUCCAAAAAAGUAUUGUUCUGCAACCAUGUUUGAUCAGUCAGGCUUCCCAAUCUAUAAGCGCAGGAAGACAAAUAUUACUGCCAAGAAGGGUAAAGUACAGUUAGAUAACCGAUGGGUCGUCCCCUACAACCGAGAUUUACUGGUGAAAUAUCAGUGCCAUAUGAAUGUUGAAAUAUGUGCACAUGCCCGGAGUUUGAAGUAUCUCUUUAAAUAUUGCUUAAAGGGACAUGACAGAGCAACCGUUGAAAUUCGGGGAAAGAAGAAUACCAACAAAUCGUGUGAUAACAUUGAAGAACCGGAAGAUGAGAUUCAAUCCUUCUUUGAUGGGAGAUACAUAUGUGGAGCUGAGGCUGCAUAUCGUAUCUUUGGAUAUACUAUACACUACCGUUCUUUGUCAGUGUUGCGCCUUUCCUUUCACUUGCCUGGCAACAAAUAUGUUACCUUCAGAGCCAAUGAACCGCUGACAAAGAUUGUGAACAGAGAGAAGGAGAAAAUGACACAGUUGGAGGCCUUCUUUUUUCUCAAUGCCAAUGAUCCCAAUGCACGGCAAUAUCUAUACGAUGAGAUACCUCAACACUACGUCUGGAAUGAAUCGGAUCACAUUUGGAAUUUGAGGAAACGGGGCAAUCAGAUUGGUAGGUUGGCAUAUACUCAUCACAGUGCUGGGGAGCUUUGGUAUUUAAGACUCCUGCUGAUGAAGAUUCGUGGACCAACUUCAUUUGAGUGUCUCAGGACAGUCAAUGGAACUGUCUUCUCUACCUUUCAUGAGGCCUGUCAAGAAUUAGGUCUUCUAGACAGUGACAAGGAAUGGCAUGAGGUUCUGCAACAAUGUUCAGCAUGUGGCUUCCCACAGCAAAUCCGUGAACUAUUUGUUCACAUCAUGGUUAAUUGCAAGGUCAGUGAUCUUAAUUUAUUGUGGAAAACUUUCUGGAAGGAGAUGGUUGAUGAUUUAAUGUUGAAGCAACGUCAGCUAACGGGUAAUCAACAUCUUAUCCUCAAUGACAAACAACAAGAGUUCUUUGCCCUUGCAGAAAUUCACAAACUCCUAAAGUCUAUUGGCAAGUCACUUAAAGAUUACAACCAAAUGCCCCAGCCCCCAAGCAGUUAUCUGGAUUGCAAUUCAAACAAUUUGAUCAUAGAGGAAACCAGUUACGAUAUAGCUGAGAUGGAAAAAGAAUUUGAAUCUCUAUUUUCCAAAUGCAACAAAGAACAGUUGGCCGUAUACAACUCUGUUAUGGAUUCAGUUGAAAACAACAAGGGGAGUUUGUUCUUUGUAUACGGCAGUGGUGGCUGUGGAAAGACCUUCUUAUGGAGGACAUUAAUAUCUAAACUGAGAUCACAACGACAAAUUGUCCUUCCUGUUGCUUCUUCGGGUAUUGCAGCCACCCUUAUGCCCGGUGGACGCACCGCUCAUUCUCGAUUCAAAAUUCCAAUAGUACUUGAUGACCAUUCCAUGUGUGCUAUUUCCCAUCAGUCCGAUAUAGCAGAAUUAAUUAAGCGGACAAGUCUGAUAAUAUGGGAUGAAGCACCCAUGCAACACCGGUAUUCGUUUGAAUGUCUUGACCGUUCUCUCAGAGAUAUCAUGAAAGCUGUCAGUCCAGAUAGAUAUCACAUGCCUUUCGGUGGUAUUACUGUUGUUCUUGGUGGAGACUUUCGCCAAAUUUUACCGGUUAUACCGCGUGCUGGACAGGGUGAAAUUGUGUCUUCCUGUAUCACAAGAUCUAAGCUGUGGAAAGUAGCUACUGUCUUUAAGCUCUUACACAAUAUGCGCCUAAAUAAAGGAAGAGAUGCAGCUGAGGUAUCAUCUUUGAAAGAUUUCGCAAAGUGGGUCUUAGAUGUUGGAGAUGGCAAAAUAAAGAACACACCUGUCACUAAUGCUGAAGGCUCUAACAAUCAAAUCGCAAUUCCUGAAGAAUUCUGCAACUUACAAGGGGAAAACACAGUUGAUCAAAUGAUUGAAAGUACAUUUCCAGACUUUCUUCAAAAUUAUCAGAAUUCAGAUUAUUUGAGUGAGAGGGCAAUUCUCACUCCAACCAACCAGACCGUUGGUCAUGUAAAUUCUCUAAUAGUGGAGAAAAUUCCCGGGGAAAUCCAUUCUUAUUUCAGUGUUGACACAGCAGAGGACUUCCCUGGCACAGAAAGAGAUCAAAUGCAAUCAUUCCCACCCGAGUACAUGAACUCGAUAAAUAUACCAGGCCUUCCUCUGCAUGAACUGAAGCUUAAAGUGGGUGUUGUUGUGAUGCUGAUUCGGAACCUGAAUCAGACCUUGGGGUUAUGUAAUGGCACAAGAAUGAAGGUCACCAAGUGCCUCAAACAUUGUGUUGAGUGCGAAGUGAUUUCUGGCAGUUACAAGGGAACUAAACAUUUUAUCCCUAGAAUGGAAUUAUCUCCUACUGAGACGCGUUUGCCAUUUAGACUUUGCAGGAAGCAAAUGCCUCUGCAGGUAUGCUACGCCAUGACCAUAAAUAAAGCACAAGGACAAUCUCUGGAGAAGGUUGCUCUUUUUCUUCCGAAGCCUGUUUUCACUCACGGCCAGUUGUACGUGGCUAUAAGUCGUGUGACUUCUCCUCAAGGCUUGAAGUUGUUUAUCAACAAUGAAGAAGGAGAUGCAACCAAUCUCACAGAUAAUGUGGUUUACAAGGAAAUAUUUUACAAUCUACCUGUCAUUUAGUUUCAUUAGAUGUAGCUGAAACUAAAUUUUUUGGUAACAUGCAAGAACAUUACAUGUUGCAUACACUGAAAUUUUUUGUAAGGCACAUAAACAGGUUGUGACCCUUUUUGUGCAUCUGAAGUGUUUGCUAUCUCUCGGAGAUAACAGUGAAAUAUUAUUUGUCUUAUGUUUAAGUUCAUUUACUUCAGAAAUAUUAAUUGACAGGCCAGUGCAUCUUUUGUAAUUGCCGCCAUGCAUCGUUUAAACUGUGAUUAUGUUUUCUCUUAUAUAGGUAAAUUUGCAGAAUAUAAUGAGAUGGUUUUUAAGAAUUAACCAUUAUUUGCAUGUUGUUAAGUGAAGGAACAUAAAUU